AAAAUUGUUUACUUCCCUUUCGCCUUCUGAGCGGGCUGCUCACGCCACCAAUCAGGCACCGCGGAGGAUGGAUUGCGCACGCGCAGUGGGAGUAGCGAGUUGGCGGGCAGGCGAGCGGUAGGUAGCUACGGCCGCCGGAGGCAGGAGGCUCCUGGGUCACGGGAACGAAUAGCCAUGCCGCGAGAGAUCAUCACCUUGCAGCUAGGCCAGUGCGGCAACCAGAUUGGGUUCGAAUUCUGGAAACAGCUCUGCGCUGAGCACGGCAUCAGCCCGGAGGGCAUCGUGGAGGAAUUUGCCACUGAGGGCACAGACCGAAAGGACGUCUUUUUCUACCAGGCAGAUGAUGAACACUACAUCCCAAGGGCUGUGCUGCUGGACCUGGAGCCCCGAGUGAUCCACUCCAUUCUCAACUCUCCCUAUGCCAAACUCUACAAUCCUGAGAACAUCUACCUGUCUGAACAUGGUGGAGGGGCUGGUAACAACUGGGCCAGUGGCUUCUCACAGGGGGAAAAGAUUCAUGAAGACAUCUUCGACAUCAUAGACCGGGAGGCAGAUGGCAGUGACAGCCUGGAGGGCUUUGUCCUGUGUCAUUCUAUUGCUGGGGGAACAGGCUCUGGCCUGGGUUCUUACCUUCUAGAGAGACUAAAUGACAGAUAUCCCAAGAAGCUGGUGCAGACGUAUUCAGUAUUUCCCAACCAAGAUGAGAUGAGUGAUGUUGUUGUACAACCAUAUAAUUCACUGCUUACCCUCAAGCGGCUGACACAAAAUGCAGAUUGUGUGGUGGUGCUGGACAAUACAGCUUUGAAUCGGAUCGCUACUGACAGACUGCACAUCCAGAAUCCAUCCUUCUCCCAGAUCAACCAGCUGGUAUCAACCAUCAUGUCAGCCAGUACCACCACCUUGCGCUACCCUGGCUACAUGAAUAAUGAUCUCAUCGGCCUCAUCGCCUCCCUUAUUCCCACACCAAGGCUCCACUUCCUCAUGACUGGAUAUACCCCCCUCACCACUGACCAGUCGGUGGCCAGUGUGAGGAAGACAACAGUGCUGGAUGUGAUGCGUCGGCUGCUGCAGCCUAAGAAUGUAAUGGUAUCCACAGGCAGGGAUCGCCAGACCAACCACUGCUACAUUGCCAUCCUCAACAUUAUCCAGGGAGAGGUGGACCCUACCCAGGUCCACAAGAGCUUGCAAAGGAUCCGAGAACGAAAGUUGGCCAAUUUCAUCCCCUGGGGCCCAGCAAGCAUCCAGGUGGCACUGUCUCGGAAGUCACCCUAUCUGCCAUCUGCCCACCGAGUCAGUGGACUCAUGAUGGCCAACCACACUAGCAUCUCCUCUCUGUUUGAGAGAACGUGCCGCCAGUAUGAUAAACUGCGGAAGCGGGAGGCCUUCCUGGAGCAGUUCCGCAAGGAGGACAUCUUCAAGGAGAACUUCGAUGAGCUGGACACAUCGAGGGAGAUUGUGCAGCAGCUCAUUGAUGAAUAUCAUGCCGCCACCAGGCCCGACUACAUCUCCUGGGGGACCCAGGAACAGUGACCUCCUCACUACUCCAAGGACAAUGGCCUUUAUUUACUUGCCUUACUGCUGUGCCUCUAUGAUAGCCUACCUGGCCAUCUUUCUGCCCCAAGGGCUCUGAGAAUGAAGCAUAGGAGAAGCAUCCCUGAUUUCAUUCAUUUACUACAGUGUGUUCACACACACACACACACACACACACAGGGCAACAGCCCACUGCUCAGGCUUACUACUAUCCCUCUGAUGAGACUUUAUCUCUAAUAAAGCACUGGAUGUAAGAGCUA